CACCGAUUUAUUAACGAGCGAAACGUGACCGCUGGCGGGUGUUUUAAAGUGGCGUAGAAAAAUUUUACAGACAAAAAAAAAAAUUAAAUAAAUCCAAAUGUCUAAUAUUUGGUAGUUUGUAUAAUAAUUUAAAAAAAUACAUAUUAGUAGGCGGAAAUUUAAAGCCAACAUCAACAUAGGACUGCGUAAGUCACUGGGAUUUCCCGCGCGCACUGGGCUGAUUUUUUUGGCAGUAGUUGCCAAAAUUUAGCAAAGCGAAACCAAAGACAAAAAAAUUAGCAGCACAAACAAGAACCAAGAAACAAAAAAAAAAAAAAAACAUAGUGAUAAAGUGGAACGGACAAGUGCUGGUAGUCUGAGUGCCGCUGCAAGAGGUGACAAUUAAACACGCCAAAGUGAUUUUAUUUAUUCAACAAAAGACACGCGACAUAAGCGCGCGCACGCCUUUGAGGAGCGAGCGAAUUUUGUCAGCAAAAUUCAGCAAAAAAAAAGACAACAAAUUGGCGUGAGUGAGUGCUUAGCUAGCUAUUGCGCCGUGUAGACAGCUUGUUGUAUGCGAGUGACAUAAAUAUAUAAGUAUUUGAGUGGGAAAUUACAUUUGACUUUUUGAUGGAAAGUGGUCAAUGACAGUGACUACGAAUGAAUGAAAACUUAUGCAGAGAAAUUGUGAAAUUUAAAGUAUUGAAAGGCUUUAGAACUUAAAGUGGGAGUAAAAUGAGUAAAGUGCGCUUAAAACACUUUCAUCGAUAGAAAAAAAUUAUAAAUUUUUUUAAAAGAUUUAAAAACUUUUAAAACCAAAAUAUUUCUUCAAAUUCCUCGUGUGAAGAAAUUCGCCGCAUACUUGCCUUCGCCAUGUCUGCCACGCUCAAAGUGAGUCCGCCUAAUCUCAGCAUUUCGCCCAUGACCACAGCCAAAGUGAUAUUUUCAGCUAAUCGGUCUGCCAGCAACAACAACAACAGCUGCAGCAAAAGUGUCAGUCAUUGCACAAAGUUGCCACAAAUUAAAUUGCCACCACCUUCACCACUUUAUUCACCACUUUAUCCAGCCAUGGAUGCCAUAGCAUCGACACCCAAUAAUUAUGUUAAUAGCAGCAACACCAACAGCAACAACACCAACAGCUGCGCUCUACUUAUGUCACCGCCGCUCAGCGCUAAGCACGAAAAGGAUACACACCAAGAAUUAGAGCAAAAUCACCACCCUCUCCUCCAAACUCGGCAGCCGCAGCCGCAGCAGCAGGAGCAACAGCGACUCCACACAGCCGAAUUCCUUGCGCCCAAUUGUAAUCUGAAGGCAGUCUACAACAGCAACAACUACACAGAUUUCACCAGCGCCGAGUUGAGCUUUCCGGAUUUUUCGCUCAGUUACAUGGUGGAGACGCCCACUUCGGUUUACGGUGGCAGCAGCAGCAACAACAACAACACACUGGAUUAUGUGUCGUCAGGCAAUCAAUGCGGCAACAGCCCGGCAACAGUGAGCUUUUGCAGUGAUAGUGAUGUGGUCAUGUCGCAACAGCAACAGCAACAGCAANGGAGACGCCCACUUCGCCCGGCAACAGUGAGCUUUUGCAGUGAUAGUGAUGCGGUCAUGUCGCAACAGCAACAGCAACAACAUAAGCAGCCAGCUUGCAGCACCGGUAACACCCAGGAUGUGUUCCGCUUUGAGCCGGAGGAUAUUGCGCGCCUUACAUCCGUCGAUUGUGAGACGAGUGACAACUUUGUAAAUUCUACUGAGAAGGCGUUGCAUGGUGGCGGCUUGGUGGGCGUGUUAGACAGUUUACAAGCGCCUUUUACGCCGCACACGCCAUACAGCCCCUAUGCUGCGACGACGACGGCACCGACGACGACAACCAGCUUCAGCAUGACAGUGGAUGGAAAUUACCAGCAGCAGCAGCAGCCGCGGCAACUGACAUCAGAUGGAAUUACAAGCAGCUGCAGCGAGAGCAAUAGCAACAACAGUUGUGACCUUAGCGGCAGUCAAUUAUUGACUGCAGCCACUUUAACUUCUGACUAUUUGAACCUCGACAUCGAAUACUACAACUACGAUGAAAUUAAUUGUCAAUCGAAAAAUCAAUCGCCCUGCUCCUCGCCGCCGCUUGAUCCAUGGAUGACGCUCAAUUUGGCCGAAACCAUUGCUGGCGCUGCGGCGGCAGAACAAGCGGCCGUUAAUACACAACGCAAUCGGUCGCCCAAACCGAGCAAUACUUGCUACACCUAUCAGCCGUAUGACGCGCACAACCAGCCACAACAAGCGCACGAGAUUAAGCAGGAAACGCCAAACAAGCUGCCUUCGAUGGUGUCCACCUUCGGUACGCCCAAAUACGAGUCUGUCUACAACUAUGACUACACAUUUGUCAACGAUGAGAUCAGCGCACAGCAACAACGGCAAGAAUACCAGCAGUGCAUGCAGCAGCAGCAGCAGCAACAGCAACAGCAACAGCAACAGCAACAGCAACAGCAACAAGAAAAAUGGUCCUGCUAUGGCGUCGCCGCAACCGCAUCACCCGGUGCUGUAGUAGCCCAAAAUUACGAUCAUUUGCCGGAGAACUAUCAGAAUUGCAAUUUGUUGCAUGCGGAAAAACCCAACCGCGAACACAAAAUCAUAUGGACCAUCGAUGAGCUGGACGAGUUGCAUGAGGAGCUUAUCGACGAGCUGUGCUGUGCCAGUGCCAAACAGUCCAAUCACAUAAGCGGCGACGAGGGUGUAGAUGUAGAUAUUGCUGGCUAUUUUGAAGAUGAAAAUUCGUUGGAUUUUGCCCUACAGGUGGCAAGUGAUGAGCGUGUGUUUGACGAGGUCGAUGAAAAUGAGGAUGAUAACGAUUCGGUAUUCCACACCAGUGCGUGUGCCACAGCCACAGCCACAGCCACAACAAAUCACUUAGAACAAGCAACACAGUUGCAUUUGCAACCGCCACGUCGUCGACGUCGUUACACAUCACCAACUGCAGGCAAUGCCAGCAAUGAGGUUGCUGGUGCCAAAUGCAAAUCAUCUCGCAACACUGCAACGCCAGUAAUUCGCAAGAAUUAUGACGCAGAUGCCAUUGGCGGUAUUAGGCAACAAGAAGCAGAAAUUGCGGAUGCAGCGCCUGUGGAAGAGUUUGCCGAUGAGUUGCAAAUCUGUCGUUGGACUGAUUGCAACGAGGAAUUCCCAAACCAGGCGGCAUUUGUGACGCACAUCGAGAAACGACAUGUGGAUGCGAAAAAACGCGAUGAUUUCUCUUGCUUUUGGCUGGACUGUCCGCGCCGCUAUAAGCCCUUCAAUGCGCGCUAUAAGCUCUUGAUACACAUGCGCGUGCAUAGCGGCGAGAAGCCCAACAAAUGUCCGUUUCCCAGCUGCAACAAGGCAUUCUCACGUUUAGAAAAUUUGAAAAUUCAUCAACGCUCGCAUACCGGCGAGCGGCCAUAUGGCUGUCAAUAUGAAGGUUGCCUCAAAGCGUUCAGCAAUAGUUCGGAUCGAGCGAAGCAUCAGCGGACACACUAUGAUACGAAACCAUAUGCGUGUCAAUUGCCCGGCUGUACGAAGCGCUACACGGAUCCCUCCAGCCUGCGGAAGCAUGUCAAAAACCACGCGCUGCGCAAUGCCAAUGGCCACUUGGGACGUCGAAAGUCGGCGAGUGCGGCUAGCGGCUGCAAAAAAGUCAACAAUGGCGCUAGCAAAGCGACAACAGCUAAAAUGCGGCGACACUCGGAGUCAUCACUGGUCAAUGCGACAGCUAAAACAACUGGCGCGUCGGCAUCAGCAACAUCAACAAAAACAACAUCAACAACAACAGCAACAACAGCAACGUCAAUGUCAACAUCAACAACAGCAAAGGCAUUUGCGCAAACGACACUAAUUGGCAGCAAAUUAAUGAAUAAUACAUUGAGUCAACAGCAGCAGCAGCAACAAGAACAACAACAACAACAGCAACUACAACAACAGCAACUUGAAACAAGGCAACCACAACAGUAUACGCGACAACAACGCAGCAACAGUUGUAGUGAAAUAUCAACACGCCACAACAAUAGCAAGACUAACAACUGCAGCAACAACAAUAACAACAACAACAACAACAACAGCAGCUGCAGCAGCAAUAGCAAUAAUCAGUGCGGUUAUUAUGACAACCACGUUGAGUUAAUGACAAUAUCAACUGAUACAACAACAAAAAUGUUGAGGCCUGUGAAAUUACACGCCACAACAACAGCAACAGCUGCAGCAACCCUACCAACAAUAACAACAAACGUUUGCCAAACGUCAACACCAAUGCCCUUUACGAUCAUGCAACAUGCCAAUAAUGCGUUGAGUAUUAGCGACAUGCCCACAGUAUUUGUUACCGCCAGUAAUGCGAGUGGCAACAAUGUGAACAACAACAGCAACAACAACAACAACAAAAGUGACUGUGGCAACAACAUUAGCGCGAGUAAUUGCAAAAACAAUUCGAUGAACUUUAAUGAAUUGUCAAAUUGCAUUGUGACCAUCGAACACAAUCAGAAUGAGAAUUCAAUUGAUUGCAGCGAUGACGACAACGACGACAACAAUAGCAACAGCAACAGCAAUAGCAACUGUGGCGGCGGCAGCAAUGAGGCCAUUAACAAGCCCCCGGACACAUUCAGCUCAUAUGCAACGUGCAAGGAACAGGAAAUGGAUGCGUUGAGUGUGCUCAGCAAUGACAACAAAAUCAAAAACAACAACAACAACAACUACAGCAAUUGCAGCAGCAGCGGCAGCAACACUGAGCGCAUCAAUCAAUUAAACGAACUUAAAAAUUUUUUGCUGUUGAAACCGAAAGCUGCAAAUAGUGGCCGCCGUGCCAGCAAACAGUCAAUAAAGCCGAGUGCAAAAGCAACAGCAACAACAACAAAUGCAACAGCAGCACAUGCACUUAUGUGGCAUACAACAUCGAAUAGCAACAAAUAUAUGUCUCAUAGAAAUGCCGUAAAUUUGACGGCUAUUAGCAAUAUUAGUGAGGAGACCGAACGCACCGAUUUGGCUGCUAAGGAGGCAGGAGGGAGCAACAAAAUUAGCGGCGAUGGCCAUAGCCCCGCUACACCGCCACCCGCACCGCCACCGCCACCACAGCCAUCAGCGGAAGAGUUUGUCUCGUUCGAGUAUGUAAAGCGUAUGUGGGCCGAAACAUUCGAUUGUGGGGAUGAAAUCGAUAGCCCCAGCGGCGAUGAGAUAAAUCCGACGCCGUGGUCGAUGGCGAUGCCGUUGCAGCCAACCAGCGCACCGCCAAUGCGAAACAUGCCAUUAGCCUAA